AUGCUUGUUAGUCAUUCAACAAGAUCAUCAGACUUCAUUGGAGUUCAACAUAAACUUAGCUGUGGGAUAUCGUUUGACCAUGUCUUUGUCCCCUGUCCAAUGGCGAAUUCGGCAUCUGGAAUGGCUGUGGAUGAUAAGUGUAAGCUGAAGUUCUUGGAACUGAAAGCAAAGAGGAACUACCGUUUCAUUGUGUUCAAGAUUGAGGAAAAGAUGCAACAGGUGACAAUUGAGAAGCUUGGACAACCCGAAGAAAGCUACGAUGAUUUUACCGCAAGCUUGCCUGCUAAUGAGUGUCGAUAUGCUGUCUAUGAUUUCGAUUUCACUACCAAUGAGAAUUGCCAGAAAAGCAAAAUAUUUUUUAUAGCAUGGUCUCCUGAUACAUCAAGGGUGAGGAGUAAGAUGCUAUAUGCUAGUUCAAAGGAUAGAUUCAAGAGAGAACUCGAUGGCAUUCAGGUUGAACUACAAGCAACAGAUCCAAGUGAGAUGAGCCUUGACAUUGUAAAAGCGCGAGCCAUAUAA